UCUAGACACUUUCGCACUCCGUGAGAACGGCCCGAUUAAAUAUUUCUGUAUUCUGUUGCUGCUGAACCUAUGCCGCGGUGAAAAACCCCGAAUCCCCGAGUGUUGGGAUUGUUAGCUCUCUCCCCGCUCCGCAGGCACCGCCCAAGACAGCCCCCAGUGAGCGUUGCGAAAGCUCGGGGUCCUGGGUUUCUAUGACAACACGAAGGCGUUCCGGGAAAGGGCGAAGCGACCAGAUGUCUGGCGGGAAACACAAUUCACAGGACAGUGUGGCAAACCUGCCAAAUCCCAGGACGCUGAGGAUUUGUUUCUAAGUUAGCUUUUUGGAGGGACGUUCCAAAUUACUAAAGAAAGUGGUAGGAGGCAUUGUUGAUUAUGUCUCUUCCAAAAACGCCCUCCACAUUGCUAACCUCCGUGUCAACGGCAGAGGGCAAAAAAUUAAAAGUCUCUGCAUCCAAGGAAGAGACAGGACUGCCUGAACUAAAGGAGAAAAAAACUAUGGUGGAUCGUUCAAAACCCCUUCCUUCAUCCCUUCAGAAUGAGUUCAUCCCUGAGGAAGUUCUUCUUUCUCUGGCCUCUGCAGCCAAUGCUGGUCCUUGUCCUGAAAACUUACUGCCUCCUAAGAAGACUAAAACCCCAAAGGGCACUCUUCCGCGUCCUACUGACCAAGUCUGGCAUCACCCUGUUCGAAGAACUAAGUUCAAGUACCUGAUUGACCAUCCUGUUUCCCUAACGGGUGCUGGAAGGGAUAUUUCUUUUCUGUAUGAUGUUAAAUAUGUUAAAGGAGAGACUAGGGAGAGUUUGCUUUGUCCCCCACGUUUGGACCGUUCAUUACAGUCAAAUGAUGGUGUCAUUGUGCCUCAUAAGCCAAAGAAACUAACAGACACUUUGAUUCCUGAAGAAUUUCAUAUUGUGUCAAAUACAGGAGUUUCAGGUUUGGAGUGUUAUGAUGACAAAUAUACUACUCUCCUCACAGAUAAUGAAAACAGGCUAUUGCUCUUCCCAUCCAUGAAACCUAAUAAAAGAGUAGAAGUGGUCCAACUGAAUGAUGUGAUGGACGCCAUGCUAGAGAGGGCUGGUGUGGAGAAUCAGGAAUAUACAGGGCCAACCAAGAUGCACAAACUACUGCAUAUGCUGAAGAAGGAACAGACUAUUUACAAUACAGUAUUUCAUGAACUUAUUCGACAAGUCAGUGUGGACUGUGCAGAUAGAGGAGAACUACUGUCCAAAAUCAGAGAGCGGUAUGUACAAAUGCUUGACCAAAUUGCCCGGCAGAUGAUUGACUUCUACAAAGACAUGGUAACUCAGCGAAUAAUGGACCAGCGCAUUUUGGAAGAAUUGUACAAUUUUAAGAAUGUUACUGAAGAACUGACCAGGGAGCUGUGUCUGGUUCGGGCACAUGAUAUGAAAUUAACAAAGGAAGCAGAGAAGGCCCACAGGGAUUUGGCACAAGCUCUCUUAGAUGCUGAAAAGAACGCUAAGAUUGUAGAAGAAUACCAUGACUUAUACACAUUGCAAAGAGGAAGGAUGGAGUGUGAUAUUAAACAGUUAAUGUCAGAAAGAGAUGUCUGGAGCUCAGCCACAUAUGAAUUGGCCCUAAAGGUAAUUGAAAGAAAUAGAGUUGUGUUGGCUAAAAGACUUUACCUCAAUGAAAAAGGCUGGAAUAAAUAUGCUAAGCAUUUCAUCAUACUGCUGUCAGCUAAGGACACUGCAGACCUUGCACUGUUGCAGAAAUUGACACAGAAAUGGAGAAACUUAAUGAAUAAAUUUAAAAACGAAGUGGAACAAAAUGAAGAAUCUAUAAGGGAGAGAUUGCAAAUUGUUAAGGAUGGCCUUACCAAAUGGCAGCAGGUUUUCAGAAAUAAUAGUGAAAAAGACAUUUUAUCUCCUGAUAAAGAAAAUAUAUUUGAAUCAGUUAUUCCAGAUUUCAAGCAGUGGCAAAAGAUGCUGAAUGAAGAUAAAGAAAAGUUUACUGGAGAUUGUCUGGUGUCGAAAUAUGAUUCUCUCAAGAUUAUUAAACAUUUACAGGAAAACUGGACAGAUAUUGGGUUUGGGAUAUUUGGUCGCCAUAAAAGUAUGGAGGGGGAGCUGCCACCAGAGCAACAGCACAUGAAGGAAAUUGUGAAAACCAUUGGAAGACUCUACAAACAAUUUGAAAUAAGAAUAAAUGGGGAUAAUGGUAUCUCUAAAAUUCUUUCAAGUUUGAUUAGUUCUCUUGAAUUCUGUUCUUUCAAGAUGGAAAGUGUCCUGGAGUUUCCUGAAAUGCAUCUUAAAGAAUACGAGGAACUUAAUGAAAAAAUUAAUGAAAUAAUAUCUCAGUUGGAUGCCUCAUUAAACAUUGUUGGUACCAUCCCUCCAUAUAUAGACACGGAUUCUGGCUCGGUGCUUCAAGCACAAAUAUUUAACAUGAUUCAACAAUGGCUUUUGAAGAUAGGCAAUGAGAUUAACAAUGGUAACAUUGAACUUCAACACCAGAUGGAUGAGUUGCAUAUAUCUAUGAUCCAGUGGAUGGUAAGCUUGCUGAUUUUAAUGGUGCCUGACUUUACUGACCAAGACACUCUCCCAAAGUUGGAAAAGGAAAGUGCUGAGGAACAUGACGUAAGAGUUGCAAAGUUAGAGCUGGACGCAAUCGCACUGGCCAGAAAGUUGUCGCAAUACUCCAGCUAUUUGAACAGUUGUUGCAAAGGGAUGGUAACAGCUAUGGCUCUGAAUAAAGCAGGUCACUUAGAAAAAAAUCCUACUAAGGAUCUUCAUGAACUGAAUGAGAUGAAGAGAGAAUGUCAUGAGUGGAUCACCACAUGUUCUCACCUCCUUUCUGGGCUUAAAGGCAGAAUAAUAAAGUUACUGACACCGGAAGAAAAGGAGUACCUGUUUGGAGAAGAGGAUUUUGUAAAAGAAUUAAUUGAGCCUGAAACAGACAGGCUUUUUAGAGAAGAUGAAGGAGAAAGUAUGGAGGAUAAGAAACUUGAGAAGGAAAAGGAAGAAGAGAAAGAAGAGAAGCCUUCAACAUCCAGAGAAGAGGAAAGACUCAUUCGAAUAAUUGAAAAAGAUGAAAACGUUCAUACCAAACCUCUAUUUGAAACAGAUGUAUUCUCUUCCUGGAGAGAAUCAGCUAGUCAAGGCACACUGGCCCCAAAGUAUCUUGAAGCAAUGGCUAUAAUUGAACGCACACAGGAGAAGCUGAUCGAGUUUGAAAGCAGAGCCAGACAAGCAGAGGAGAAGUUUGAGGAGGUAAAUGAGAAACUUCAUCAUACCCUCAUAAGAAAUAAAGAACUAGAGAGGGAAGUAGAGGAUAUUUUGAUAAGGUCUCAAGAGAGGGAGGCUGAAAGACGAAGAGAAGAAGAAAAUGAAAGAGGAGGAGAAGAAGAAGAAAAAGAAGAGGAAGAAGAAGAAGGAAACAAGGCAGUAGAAUGUUCCUCAAAGUCUCUAAAGAAAGAAGCGCAGCGCAAGGAGGGUCUUCUCAACCCUAAGUCCAGGACCCGGACUAAACCCAACUAUAAGACCAAACCCAAGUAACAUCCUCAGGGUGCUGGGCUUCAGCAUGGCUGCCCUCACCGAUACCCGUGUGCUACCGAGCUGACAGUGUGGCUCGAUCCGAGGGACUUCCUGCGCAACAGCUACUGCAAAGGCCGCGAAUAUUUUGUUUUUACAAGUCGCAGCAGUGGCUGGAGGGAAUAAGUGCAUUAGCUUAUUUCCCAGAUUAAAAAUAGCUUGUGCGAAAGUUUGCUAGCCUCUUCAGCUGAGUUCCUAACAGAGGUCCGUGAAAAGUAUCAGUU